AUGGCGAUUGUGCGCCUGCGCAAUCAGGACGGUAGGCCAGGGCUGCGCAUUCAUGGCCUUGACCUCCACCACCUGUCUUGGCUCUGCGCGCACAAGAGCCGAGCUGACCAGGCGCUACCCCACAACGUAGCCCAGAAUGUGCUGCACUUCCUGCGAGUAAGAAGCCAGAGGCACUCGGAGUGCCAGAGCCCCGUAGCUGCCACAGCAAGAUCGACCUACGCCAUAUCUCGCAACAGGCAGCUCGUUCGUUUUGGCGCGGCUGUGUGCAGCGUGCCUGCAAACCUGGGGCAAGUCGUGGCAGUCACUGCAGGAUUCUACCACACCUGCGCCGUCAAGGCAUGUGGAGAACUUGUUUGCUUUGGGUCACCCGGGAGUUGCAACGUGCCACCGGGCCUUGGUCCAGUCGCAGCUGUCGCUGCGGGACAACAUCACACAUGCGCAGUGGCGGGAAAUGGCCAGCUGGUCUGCUUUGGCGGAAACCAGCGCGGCCAGUGCGACCCACCACCCAACCUGGGCCCUGUGAUAGCUGUGGCCGCUGGGCUGAGCUACACUUGUGCCGUGAAAGCGGAUGGCGAGUUGGUAUGUUUCGGCAGCAAUAGCCACGGCCAAUGCACCGUUCCGCAAGACCUCGGCCCGGUAAUUGCAGUUGCUGCAGGCUACGCCCAUACCUGUGCACUGAAGUCCUCUGGCAAACUCGUCUGCUUCGGAGGGAACGACUUCGGCCAGUGCGACGUGCCCCCCGACCUCGACGCCGUAGUCGCUGUGGCCACAGGUCCGCAUCAUACAUGCGCGGUGACUGCCCAUGGUAGUCUGGUUUGCUUUGGCAAGAAUGACUUGGGCCAAUGUCUCGUCCCACCAGACCUCAGACUCGAUGUAUAG